AUCUCAUAUAGCUAAAAUGGAUGACGGAUUAUUGUUAAAUUUCAGUACUGAUGUAUCUGAUCCUGCUCCAAGCAAGUCAAACUCCAAAGUAGUUGGUGGUAAAUGGAAAGACCGUCGUAAAGCUCAGUUAUCUGCAAGAGGUAUAACAAAGAAAGAUAAAUCCAAAACAGGUGCCAAUAGUAAACCCAUAAAACCAAGAGCUUCUGAUGAUAAAGUUGAUGAUAAGAUUGGAAAUACUGAUACACCAUCUUCAAAUCCAGUUAGAAAAAGACCUGCAAAUUCCGAGCAUGAGAAUAAGGGCCCAACUAAACAAGCUAGAUUCACUGAAGGAAGAGGUACUGCUGGUAAAAAUGAUACUUAUGUCUCAUCGUUAUUUACUUCAAAUCCAACAUUAACUGAAAGAGAUUAUACUAAAGAGCUAGAAGUCCAUGAACCUUCAAAUGCUCCAUUGGCAGAUUCUACAAGUUUUGAUGGUCUAGGUAUAAAAGAAAUAUUGGCAAAACAUUUAAUUGAGAACCUUUCUUUAAAACAUCCAACAAAGAUUCAAAGAUCAGUUCUACCAAGACUGCUAACAAGAGAAAGGGAUUUAUUUGUCCAAGCUCAAACAGGUUCUGGUAAAACUUUAGCAUUUGUCUUGCCAAUUUUCCAAAAAUUAAUGGAGAUUGAAGGCCUUAACCGUACAACUGGUAUCUUUGCAUUGAUUUUAGCACCAACAAGAGAAUUGGCUACCCAAAUCUAUUCUGUUAUUGAAUCGUUAUCACGUUGUUGUCAUAGAAUUGUUCCAGGUAUUGUUAUUGGUGGUGAAAAAAAGAAAUCAGAAAAGGCAAGAUUAAGAAAAGGUGUGAAUAUUUUGGUUGCAACUCCUGGUAGAUUAGCUGACCAUAUUGAAAAUACUGAACGUUUAGAUUUAUCCAACAUAAGGUAUGUUGUAUUAGAUGAAGGUGAUAAAUUGAUGGAAUUGGGGUUUGAAGAAACUAUUGCCAAAAUUUUAUCAGAUAUUGAAAAAACUUCUAGAAUAUCAGCAACAACAAGAAUAUAUCCAACUUUACCUCAUAAAAGAGUCAAUGUCUUGUGUUCAGCAACCAUCAAGAGUAAUGUUAAAAAACUUGGUGAAAUUUCACUGAACGAUGCAGAAAUGGUUAAUUCUAAUUCUGUUCCAGAUGCUGAAGAUCUUGAAAUGGCUGAAAAUGUCGCUGCUCCAGAUCAAUUGAUACAACAAGUUUGUGUUGUUCCUCCAAAAUUAAGAUUAGUUUCACUUGCAUCAAUUUUGAAAAAUAUAACGAUACAAAAAUCAGGAUCACGUACAAUGAUUUUCUUAUCAUGUUCAGAUUCUGUUGAUUUCCAUUUCUCUGUGUUUGCUAAAGGUGGGAAACUUUUAAACAAGGCAACAAGUGAAUACCAAGAGGCUAAUAGUCAAUCUACAGUGAUAACUUCCCCAUUAUUAGGAGAAAACACAUUUGUUUACAAGCUUCAUGGUUCGUUAUCUCAACAAGUGCGUACUGCUACACUAUCUGCAUUUUCUAAAGCUCCAGAAGAUCAACAUACAAUAAUGCUUUGUACAGAUGUUGCAUCAAGAGGUUUGGAUUUACCAUAUAUCUCCACUGUUAUUGAAUACGAUCCUCCAUUUGCUACAGAAGACCAUUUGCAUAGAAUUGGUCGUACUGCUCGUGCUGGUAAAGCUGGUAAAUCAUUCUUAUUUUUAUUACCAACAGAAGAGAAGUAUCUUGAAUUAAUAGAACAUUAUCAUCCAAACGGUGUUCAACACAAGUCAUAUGAAGCUCUAUUACAACUAGGUUUUGGUGCUAAAUGGGAUUUUGAUGCCACCACAUGGCAUUUAAAUGUUGAAAGAUGGUUAUUAGAGGAUGAAGGAGCUCACGAAAAGGCUGUUAAAGGUUUCACGAGUCAUAUCAGAGCUUAUGCUACACAUAUUUCUGCUGAAAAGAAAGUUUUUAACAUCAAAGCAUUGCAUUUAGGCCAUUUAGCUAAAAGUUUUGGUCUUCGUGAAACUCCAAAGAAACUUGGAGGUAAAUCAACUGGCGGUGAUGGCUCAAAGUGA